AAAGUGUGGCCAUUGAAGAGACAAAAUGCAGCAAGCAAACAUAUCUCACUCGGCCUAUCUUCAUCAUUCUUCCAAUAAUCUCCCCUCAUUGUAAAUAACUAUUUGAGGGAGAUAACAAAGGAAGGGACUAAAGCCUCCAAAUAAUUCAAGAAAAGAAAUUAAAGAUGGCCGAGAACAAUGCUGCUGCCACUAAUAAGACGAGCCACCACCACGGCCUCCACCACCGUGUCUUUGAUGUCUCCGGCGACAUGCUUGACCGACAAAACAGUUCCAAAUACUUUUCUCUAGACGAUGACGGCCGCACUCCAAGAACAGGGAAUGUUUGGACUGCAAGUGCGCAUAUUAUAACUGCGGUGAUUGGAUCAGGAGUCCUGUCGCUAGCUUGGGCCAUAGCUCAACUUGGGUGGGUGGCCGGACCAGCGGUGAUGAUCUUGUUCUCCUUUGUUAUCUACUACACUUCUGGUCUCUUAGCUGAUUGCUAUAGAUCUGGAGAUCCCAAUACUGGCAAGAGGAACUAUACUUACAUGGAUGCUGUGAGAUCUAAUCUCGGAGGAUUUAAGGUGAAGCUAUGCGGGUUUAUUCAGUACAUGAACUUGUUUGGAGUGGCAGUUGGAUACACAAUUGCAGCAUCUAUAAGCAUGAUGGCGAUAAAGAGAUCUGAUUGUUUCCAUGAGAGUGGAGGAAAGAAUCCAUGUCAUAUGUCGAGUAAUCCUUACAUGAUCCUCUUUGGUAUCACACAAAUCGUUUUCUCUCAAAUUCCAGACUUUGAUCAAAUCUCCUGGCUCUCCAUUGUUGCUGCUGUUAUGUCAUUUACUUACUCUUCAAUUGGUCUUGCUCUUGGAAUCGCUAAAGUCCUAGCUUCGGGUACAAUAAAGGGGAGUCUGACUGGGAUAAGCAUAGGAACCGUGACCGAAACACAAAAGAUAUGGAGGAGCUUCCAAGUCCUUGGAGACAUAGCCUUUGCAUACUCAUAUUCAAUCAUCCUCAUUGAAAUUCAGGACACAAUUAAAUCUCCACCGUCUGAGACAAAGACAAUGAAGAAGGCAACCCUAUUAAGCAUUGGAGUAACAACCGUUUUCUACAUGCUAUGUGGAUGCAUGGGCUAUGCCGCGUUUGGUGAUCUAGCCCCGGGAAAUUUGCUCACCGGCUUCGGAUUCUUCAACCCUUUCUGGCUCCUAAACAUCGCAAAUGCAGCCAUAGUGGUCCAUCUAGUGGGCGCAUACCAAGUUUACUGUCAACCCUUAUUUGCGUUCAUUGAGAAAUGGGCAGCCCGAACAUGGCCCGAUAGUGACUUGAUCAACAAGGAAAUAGAGAUCCCCGGUUUUCGUUCUUUCAAGUUAAACCUCUUUCGUUUGGUGUGGCGAUCUCUAUUCGUGGCGGUUACGACCGUCGUGUCAAUGCUGCUACCCUUCUUUAAUGAUGUCGCGGGGUUACUUGGGGCGUUAGGAUUUUGGCCUUUGACGGUUUAUUUUCCUGUGGAGAUGUAUAUUGCACAAAAGAAGGUGGUGAAGUGGAGUACUAAAUGGAUUUGUUUACAGAUGUUAAGUAUGGCUUGUUUGAUUAUAUCAAUUGCGGCUGCUGCUGGCUCAAUUGCGGGAAUUGUGACCGAUCUUAAAGUUUAUAAACCAUUCAAGACCCGGUAUUGAUCAAUCAUGAUUAUAUAAUAAUUAGUACUUUAUCAUGAAUUAAAUAAAGUUCAAUUAAUGUUGUUCUGAUUAAGAAAAAUUGGAAUGUAUUUUGUAUUAUCUGAAGUUUGAUCUUAAUUAUGUGUUUUGUUGUUUAUUGUUUGCCAAAUCCAAAGGGAUCUUAUCUAAAGUAUAUUUCAGCUCUCUUUGUU